GCCGCUGACCAACCAACAUUCCAAGUCCCCUCCCCGCGCCUGUCUGCUCCCAAAUAUUCCACAGCCUUUCUGGCUUUCUAUUUGGGUGACUCGCUAGUCAAGGAUGCCGGCAGAUACUUCAGGCGUCCAUGCCCGACGACAUUCAGUUCGCAAGUCCUCUGGCGACGACGAUCUCGAGGUUCGGCGGGCACGGGGCGAGCUCUCUUGUGCUGAGUGCAGACGACUGAAGCUCAAGUGCGACAAGAAAAUCCCGUGUGGCAGUUGUGUACGCAGAGGUUGUCCAUCGAUAUGCCCCAAUGGAAGCUUGUCUUCAGGCCAAGGCAUGAGCCGCUUCGUGCUCGCAGAUACCACCGAGCUCCAUGGCAAAAUACAAGAGAUGGGACAGCGCAUACGGCAACUGGAGGACGCUCUGGCGAUCUUCCAAGCCGGUGUUUCCAACGAGACACAUCCUCUCCUUCGCCCAGAACUACUCUCCAUUAAGUUUGGCCCAGAACGCCUCAUCGCACCCGAGCGAGAGAAGCCUCGCAGGGACCACUCUGUCGACUCAAUUGACGCCCUUGGCACCCUUACUAUAGGCGAACGCGGCGACGCAAAGUACUUUGGACGCUCCGCUGGCUCUGAAACUCUCUUCCUCGCCGGCGCAGAGCUUGAGCCACCUAUCGACGAAGACGACGACUACUCCCCCCUUGCGGCCGAAAUCGCCCGCCUCUCGUCCUCCUUCCCCUUCAAUGACGGCUUCGCCGUGACAGAGCGCACUCUCGAUCUUCUCUACACCUAUCUACCUGAACAACCUCGCGCCUGGACACUCUGCGAGACCUACUUGGAACACGCUGCUUGGUCUUUCCGCCCUCUCAAGCGGGAUGAGAUCAUAGACGAUCUGUUGACGCCUGUGUACAAGCUCAAGAAGCAAAGGGCAACAGACCCCACAGUCCCCCACAGCGUAUCGGCGCACAAGCUCGCUGUGCUAUACUGCCUCUUCGCCAUCGGCGCCCUAGUCGAUCUGACCCUACCUCCAUUUAACGCCGAGGCGCGUAAUUACCACCAUCUCGGCCGCGCCGCUCUUUCGUCCCGCUCUGUCUUCGACUCGCCGGAGAUCGCGACUGUGCAGGCCGUCCUGCUCAUGGCGAACUUCCACACCCUGGGUGGCAAGCGAUAUACAAUGGACAGCGCUUGGAGCCUGACAAGCUUGGCGUGCAAGCUAUCUCAAAGUCUUGGUCUACACCGUGAUCCUGCGCGAUGGCACAUGGAUCCGAAGACGGUUCAACGUAGACGCAACCUAUUUUGGGAGCUGUUUGCGCAUGAGCAUUUUUUGAGUCUGGCUCUCGGGCGACCAGCGGCCAUCCGCCUCUCGUAUUGUGACUGCGAGUUCCCCUACGACGACGAGCAGACGCUUGAUGAUAAGGGCCAACCUCGAAUAGGACAUCACCGCUGGAAAAUCGAGUUUGCGCGCGAUAUCCUCGCCGUGGUCACUGAGUCGGUCUUGACGGCCGACCCACCCAGCUAUGAAACUAUCUUAGACCUCGACCGCAAGGUUCGCGAGAAGGUGCUCCCCGAACAUCUAGAUGUUUUCUUGAGCCCACAUGACGAGCACUAUACGCCGUUCACCUUCAUGAAGGGCGGCUUGUUGUCACAAUAUAGGGCCAUCACCUUGUUGUACAUCCACCGUAGCUUCUUCGCGCAAGCUAUGCUCGACCACCCCGCCAACCCCCUUCGAAGCGCAUACGCGCCUUCCUUCCUUGCCGCAUAUCGCUGUGCGUCCAAGAUGAUCAAGACCAGUCUCAACCACUUCGAGCGCUUCCCGGAACUCUGCCUGAGAUGGUGGAAUGUUUGGACCCAUCUCUUCUCUGCAGCAAUAACCGUGGGGUGCAUCGUCACGCGCGCGCCGUCCUCGACCAUGGCGUCCAGCGCCUUCAUCGAGCUCGGUCUCGCCUGUGACAUGUUUGCGAAAGGUGCCGUGCACUCUCGUCGUGCUCGUAGUGGCUUCGCGGUCCUAUGCAAGCUACGACUCAAGGCAUUCAAGGCAUACUCGCAAUUCAUGUCCGGCGGCAAGCUGCCCAAGUCGGAAGAUACAAACUAUUGCGACGACGAGCUCGCCAUCUUUGGCGGCCACACGCGCGUCCUCGUUAGCAAGAUGAUGUCGAGGUGGCAAAUCGACAAGGCUGGUUGCAAUGGGAAGAGUCCCAAGCAACUCAAUGGCACCUCUCCGACAGCGAGCACCGACUCCGCACCGGCAAGCCCAAUGACCGAGGUGCAUCCCAGCCUCGUCGAGUACCUUUCGCUGCUGCCUCCAGGGUCGCAAGUCCCUAGCCCGCCUUCUGCGAGCGAGGGGCUCACAGACUCCGAAGCCGCGGCGAGGCAAUCAGCUUUCUCCUACGUGACUGGUCCUGCUCACAAGCCCACAACGCUGCCGAGCCUGACGCAGCAGUUCACUCCGGCGCUUUGCAAUGGGUGGACUGCUCCGUCGACUACGCUGAACGGCAACGGUGGAGUCUCUGCGUCGACCAACGGGACCACGACCCAGAUGCCGCCAGAUGCCAGUAUGUUCUUCGACAUGUACGGACAGUCGUUCCCAACAACGGAUGCCACAGCGCCGCUGCACGCGACCGAGGACGCGGGCUUAAUGGACCUCGGUAUGCUGAUCUCGGGAGAGAGCGCGAUCGACGAGCAGUGGAUGUCGUUCAUGCGCGACACGGUGUUGACGGACAAGAACUCGCGACAUGCGUAGGUGGUGUAGUGCAUAAUAUAAUAGCUUCGUAUUAGAGCGGAUCCGUUAGUAGUUAUUUAUCGUAGUACGAGCCGUGUAGUGUUGGCGCGUCCUCCCGCCUGCUUCUGUUUACGACCCCGUGUAGCAUACAUCUUGCAUUAUAGAGAGCUGGACGCGCUUCGCUCGCGUAUCGUAUGGACUUGGCUGACCUUCGCCUGGGUGUGAACUGCCGUCGGGCGUUCGCGGCGCGUAUCGCGCGCAAUUGUCUUUGGUAUUUGCGCAAUGGGUCACAUGAUCGCGCC